AUGACAAUCGAGUUUUUAAACGUGAAUGGGGAAAUGGUAUCUCACAUCGUUGUACCUAUUACAGGAGAUAGUGCCUGUUUAUUUAAUUCGUGUUUAUUUAAUGUCUUGAGGAUUCGUUUUACACAAAAUCUCUCUAGGGGCCAUUUUGAUGUCUACCUGCUUAAUGAGUCAGAAAUAUUGAUCCCUCAGAGAGACUCCACAUUACAGCAAUCACCUUUCUCUUUAUCCCUGAAGAAGGGUAGAAAACGCCGUGCCAGAUACAAUGGCAAUAUAAGAAAAAAACAACUUCAAAACGCAGCAAAGACAUAUGCACUUCGUAAUCCUUUAGUGAACAGAUCUGCAGUUGCCAGGUACCAGCUAGAUAAUCCUGAGGUGGGCAGAGCUGCUAGGUCUCGAUAUGAGCAUACUAAUCCUCGCCGGAAAGUUGAAAGACUGACACUUCCAUGGAAAAUAAUGGUCAACUCAGGAAUGACGUACAAUCCUGACCUGGCUUAUGAGUAA